AUGAGGAAAAACCACAGCAUGGUGAAUAACUUCCUGUUGCUGGGAUUCUCUAACAUGCCAGGUCUAGAGGCCUUAUUCUUUACUGUUUUCCUCACCAUCUAUCUACUGACUCUGACUGGGAACAGUCUAAUAAUCAUUGUCACGCUGACUGAUCAGACACUCCACAGCCCCAUGUAUUUCUUUCUUAGGAAUCUGAGCUAUCUGGAGAUCGGUUACACCUCAGUUAUUAUCCCCCAAAUGCUUGAAAAUCUCCUGUCAGAGAACAAAACCAUUUCAUUCCUUGGCUGUGCCUUUCAAAUGGGCAUCUUCCUUGUCACAGGGGCAGCUGAGUGUUACAUUUUGGCUGCCAUGGCAUAUGACCGCUAUGUGGCUAUUUGCCAACCUCUCCAUUACCCUCUUAUUAUGAGCAGUCAAGUGUGUUAUGAGCUUGUUGCCGCCUCCUGGUUGGCUGGUGUUCCAGUGCAACUUGGCCAAACGGUCCUGGUUUUCACCUCUGAUUUUUGUGACUCCAAGGAAAUCAACCACUUUUUCUGUGACAUCCCUGCAAUGGUCAACCUUAUCUGUGGAGAUACCUCUAUAAAUGAGUUGCUUGCCCAAGUGGAGGUUGCACUACUUGCUGUAAUCCCUUUUGCUUUGAUCCUCAUGUCAUAUGUAUGCAUUGCCUGCACUAUUCUGAAGAUACCAUCUGUAGAAGGGAGGCACAAAGCCUUCUCGACAUGCUCCUCACAUCUUAUGGUGGUGGUGGUUUUCUAUGGCUCUGGAAUGGCAGUGUAUUUGAAACCAAAGUCAAGUCACUCUCUGGAGAUGGACAAAUUCCUAUCUCUCUUCUAUACCAUCCUGCCACCAUUGAUAAACCCUCUUAUUUACACUCUGAGGAACAAGGAGGUCAAAGAGGCACUUGGGAAAGUACUUCUCCUUCUUCACCUACAAGAAACAAAUAAACACAGAAAGAAUGGGAAUAAUAGAACACUUGGUCAUAUUCCUGCUCAGUAA